CUUGUGAGAGUCUCUCUCUCUCCCCAUCUCUCUCUGUCACACACACACACACAUACACACUACUAAUACUGAGCGCGAAACCAGCGGCCGGACAAGCGUCAGAUACUCACCGUCUACCAUGGCUGUCAGACUCUCUCUUCUGCUUCUGUGUGCACUCGCACUUUUUGUUGCGGUCCAGAGCCGCACUGUGCGAGAGAGGCGCUCCCCGGACAGCAGUGAGGAACACAGCUGGACUGACGCAUUCAAGAACACGUUCCAAAAGGCUAAGGAUGGCAUCUCUGAGACGGUCGACAACGUGAAAAAUUCGGACGCCUACGAACGCGUCAAGGACGGCAUCAAUACUGCUGGUGACAAGAUAUCCGAAAUCGGGCACAAUAUUAAGAAUUCCGAUGCGUACGAGAGAGUGAGCAGCGAAAUCCACAACGCUGGUGAAAAGCUGUCCCAGCUCGGCGACAACAUUAAGGACUCGGAUACCGUCCAGGGAGUCAAGAGCACAAUAAGCAAAGCGGCAGACAACAUCAAAGACAAGCUGGACGACUAGAUCGCACGAUCACAAAGAUCAACACACGCACACAUCACUUACACUUAGUUAUAAGAACUUUCUGAAUUUUUACUAACCAUAAAAAUGCUACUUGAAGUAAUUUAAAUAAAAUUUAAAAUUAAA